GUAAAGAGGUAUAUAUCAUAUAUGCGUAUGAGAUAGAAUAUUAUAUGAGGUAUUGAAGGUUGCUUUUACUUUUGUUGCUAACUUACUGUACAACUUCAUACAAGCAAUUAUAAAGCGCGUAUACUGCAGUACAAGUUAGAAAUACUCCUUUAGGCAACCUAAUAAUGAAUUUGAGGGUUUCUCAUUGAAAAUACUGGGUUAAAGUGGCGGUAUAGAUGUACUAAGGUGUAUGGAUCAUCGUACCGACAACAUUGGGGCGCUGGAUCUAAGCGUUCCUAAGCAGAGAAGCGGUCAGAAUGAAGAGAUGAAAAAUAAUGUGCUCGAUUUAUCCCAUAAAGCUAAUGGAAGCACUACAAGCAAAAUAGAGCAUCGAACCCACGAUGCGGGUAUAGUAAGACAUCAAGGAUCUUCACUGGCGGGUAGGCCGGUUCCAAGCAUGUCCCAUAGCAUGGAUUAUUACACGGCUGCACCGAACUCACUUUAUCCGUACCUUCUGCGGUCUUGGUAUUACGGAUGCAUGCAGCGGUGGAACAAGCAGAAGAGUCAGCCGUGUCUUACUGGCCCUGAUAUUGCGGGACGCAGCAAUCAAAACAACACCGAAAGAAGCCAAAGUUUACAUGAACGGUUGAAACUAAGCACGGCUAGAACAGACGCAGCUGUAAAAGGUAAGGACCUAAAACGGGGAGGCCAUUGUAACAACGAGUUCGAUCUUCGAGAUGGUUUUGAAACUAAUAAAAACAACGCAGAAGACCCGCAUUGCAGUUCACAACUUAGCAAAAACGAGCAAUCGGGCUACAGGUCAUUGCCCUACCCUCUUAGGAAAGAAAACGGGAAGAUUGUGUACGAGUGUAAUGUUUGUUUUAAACGAUUCGGACAGCUGUCCAAUCUAAAGGUUCAUCUACGAGUUCACACCGGCGAGCGUCCGUUCAAAUGCGCUACUUGUUCAAAAGGCUUCACACAGUUGGCUCAUCUACAGAAACACAACCUCGUACACACUGGUGAAAAACCACACGAAUGUAAUGUCUGUAACAAACGCUUCAGCUCGACGAGUAAUCUCAAAACUCACAUGAGACUCCACAACAGUGCUAUAAAAGAACCAAUACACCGAGGAGACUAUCCUGUCACUUGCAAGGUCGGAAACAUAAAUUCAAACCAACCCGAUCUCCCCAAAAGUUCGUUUCAAACUGGGUAUGACACCCACCGGCAUCUGAUGACGUAUGAUCCCAAAAACCAUAUAACAUACCAACGCCAGUUUAACCGCAAACCGUAUUCACAACACAUAUACCCUGGUAUGCAAGAGAAGCCGCGUCCAACCAGUGUUAAUCUACACGACCAAGAACAACAUAGCAGCGCUUAUAAUGCAAAUAACGUCGCUUGUUCAAGUCAAGACAUUAAUGAUAACACUCUCACUGACGAUAGCGAAAUAUCCCUAAAACGGUGUCCGCCGGUGCCCAUUUUUAUUCGUAACAACAUUUCAAAAGCUAAUUGACAGUAAGUAAACGUUGUUGUAUUUGCGUCUUGUUCCAUAUUUCGUAUCAAUAAAGCAAAAUAUAUUAUGAUGUG